AUGAAAGUUCUGUCGUGGAAUUGUGGGGGCCUCAAUGACCCACGCUCCCCUACCCUUCCGUACCGAGUGUGGCUCACUCGUAUUAAGAAGCCUAAUUUUGUGUUCUUAUCGGAAACUAAAAUGUCUUUUAUUGACGUAAAAACUAAGUUAGCCUUUCUAAACCCUUCAUCUUGUUUUGGUGUAGACUCGGUGGGUAGUAAGGGGGGUUUAGUAGUUCUCACUUGGUCUAAUGCUGCGGUUAGUUGUAUUCUGAAAACGAAGAACUUUGUAUUUUGUGAAAUAGUGGAAUCCAAUGGUAGUUUGAUCUAUAUUCUGUUUGUCUAUGGUGAACCGAUUGUGGAAGAUAGGGGUGAUGUGUGGAUUGACCUAAUUAGAAUCAUCGAACAAUACCCAAAUUGUUUAAUAAUGGGCGAUUUCAAUCAACUUGACAAUAUGGAGGAUAAGUUGGGGGGUGCUGAUGUUAUUAGGGGAUUUGAUCAGUUUUAUGAUUGUAGACUAGCUUGUGAUCUUCAUGAUGUCCCCUUUUCUGGACCACGCUUCACUUGGUCUAAUAAAAGAGAUGGUGAAGACCUAAUUAUGGAAAGACUUGAUAGAGUGUAUGCAACUACACAAUGGUUUGACUCAUACCCUAAUGGAAAAUUCUUUAAUCAACCCCUAAUUUGUUCAGACCAUGCUGCAAUAUUAUACGACUCUGACCCAGAGCAAACCCGCUCGAACCGUCCUUACCAAGUAGAAGGAUGGUGCCUCUAUUUUCCUGAAAUUAAGAACAUGAUUGCUGAUGUUUGGGACUAA